AUGGCGCAGAGUGAGGAAGCUAGCCUGGAGGAGCGCCUGAAAUCCGCCCUCUGGCUGUCCAUUGGCAAGAUCGUGGACGAGGAGACCAUCAAGCUGGGCGUCAACGCAACCCCUCAAUUCAUCGGUGCCUUGACGGAGAUGGUGUGGGCUCAGAUUGAGACGGUCAGUCAAGACCUGGAGUCGUUUGCGAAGCAUGCCGGGCGCUCGACCGUAAACGUCUCAGACGUGAUGUUGCUCGCCCGCCGCAACGAGGGGCUGGAAUCCAUCCUCAAGGCAUUCGUUGAGCAGCAGCGCGAGAACGCCUCUUGA